AAAUAUUAAUUAUUAAAUAAGUAAAGAAUUAGCAAACUAUACAUUUUCAUUAAGUCCUAUUCAAUUGAUUUAACAUAUACAUUUAAUUUUUACUACUGCCCGUCUACGUAAUUUAUUUCAAAAUGACAGAAAACAAAGAAACCAAAGAAACAAAAUUUAAAGAAUUGGUAUCCUACAGUGAACCAGCCCUUCGUAAUAAUUCAUCAGUUGUUGAAUACUGUCGUACUUCAAUGUCUGCCUUAUCUGGGUGUACUGCUGGCAUUCUCGGUUUAACUGGACUAUCUGGAUUUGUAUUCUACAUAUUUUCCGUUUUAGCAUUAUGGGGUUUGUUAUUGUUCAAAGCAGGAAACUUAUGGCAAAAAUAUUUCCUCAAUAGACAUAGUCUAUUAACAGGAGGGUUUUUCAGUGGACUUUUUACAUAUGUAUUAUUUUGGACAUUUUUAUAUGGUAUGGUACACGUUUAUUAAUUUAUUUUU